GACUACUGGCGCCUACCACCGGUUCGGCGGAGGGGGACACAAUGGCGGCGUAGUGCGCCCAAGCGCGAGACCCGCCUUUAAACAUGAAAUAACAGCGCGCAGCGCGAGGACGGCGGAAGUCAAAGACCCCGCCGCCGCCCGGUUCGGGACGAGUUCGACUGCGGCGGUUCGGACGGGUUUAAACCCAAACGGUCUCGAUGAACCCCCACGUACUCCCCCCCCCGCCGAGGUGCUCUUUAAAGUAACUUUCCAAGCCCCCCGCCCCCCCGCGGCUUUUUGAUUGACGGCUCCAUAUUUUCAGUUGGUGUUUCUGUUUUUUUUUCUCCCCCGCGGCUCGAGACAGGACGAAAAAAGACAGCGGAUUUGAAAGGCAAGAAAGACGGGGAGAGACAGGAGGAGUGAAGUGAAAUAUAGAGGAAAACAGCGCGACAGGGAAAAGCAGCGUCUUGUCACACAGCUCUCCUUUUCUAAAAAAAAACACAUUUUUUUUUCCUUUCGGGAUUUAAAUAAAAAAAGAAAAACUUAAGGAGCAGAGAAAAAAUUUGUUGCCAUGACGACCGAAUUGCAGGAAAUUGCCAUCACUGAAGAAAAGCCUUUACUUCCGGGUCAGCCGGACUCAGUUAAGGAGGCAGAGCUAGCUGCUCGAAUACUGCUGGACCAGGGUCAGGAGCACAGCAUUGAGACACCGCACGGGCUGCUUCACGUCACUCUGCAUGGCACGGGGAACACCCGCCGGCCUGCCAUCCUCACCUACCACGAUGUGGGGCUGGAGAGUAAAAGCUGCUUCUCCGCUUUGUUCAAGUUUGAAGAGAUGCAGGAGAUUGUGAAGAACUUCACGGUGGUUCACAUAGAUGCCCCGGGGCAGGAGGAAGGGGCUGCUGCUUACCCAGCAGGGUAUCAGUAUCCUUCCAUGGACCAGUUGGCUGAGAUGAUCCCCUCGGUUCUGCAGUAUUUCAAUUUCCGCAGUGUGAUCGGGAUGGGCAUAGGUGCUGGUGCAUAUAUCCUCUCCAAGUUUACACUGAACAGCCCAGACUUGGUAGAGGGCCUGGUUUUGAUCAACAUUGACAUGAACGCUCGAGGUUGGAUGGACUGGGCUGCACACAAGCUGACCACACUGACGUCCUCCCUCACAGAACAGAUCCUGACCCACCUCUUCAGCCAGGAAGAGCUGUCUGCUAACACAGACCUGCUGCAGAUUCAGAGGGAGCGGCUCUCCAAAUGCACUAAUCUCAGUAACGUGGAGCUCUUCUGGAAGAGUUACAACAGUCGCAGAGAUCUGAACAUCGACCGGAACAGCCCCCUCAAAUGCCCCGUGAUGUUGGUGGUUGGAGACCAGGCCCCCUACGAGGAUGCAGCGGUGGAGUGCAACAGCAAGCUGGAUCCAACAACCACUUCAUUCCUCAAGAUGGCCGAUGGUGGCGGCCUCCCUCAGCUGACCCAGCCCAGCAAGCUGACCGAGGCCUUCAAGUACUUCAUCCAGGGCAUGGGCUACAUGGCGUCCUCCUGCAUGACACGGCUCUCGCGCUCACGCACCACCUCGCUGUCCUCCUCCUACUCCAUGGAGGGCUCUCGCUCCCGCUCCCGCACCCUGUCCCAGAGCUCGCAGGGGGGCCAGCUGCCCCCCAGUCCGUCCCACACCAUGGAGGUGUCCUGCUAAACGUGAUGGGUGCCGAGGGGGGGGAGGGGUGGGGGCAGAUCACAUUCAUUAGCAAUUUUUUUUUUUUUUUUUUGCUUCCCCUGAGAAAUUACAGCAAUAUUUAGUGAGGAGCACUACAUUCAUUAUUCUCAGUCGUUACGAGCGUACAGGUCGACGUAGGGAGGGAAAUGAAUCACCCACACACAGAGCAAGGGAGAGCACCCCCCCCUCCCAGGCGCUGCCAUGCAACAUCAUCUCAUCCUCCUCUUCAUCCCAUACUUGCAGCAAAAGGGGGGGAUGAAUUCCCAACUCUCUCCUCCUCUCUCACUUUUCAGCUAGAUCAUCACUGUGUCUUAAGACAGCCCUUUAACUGUGUGGGCGGCGUCGGUGUGUCCGGGCGCGAAGACAGCCCUUUAAUGUGGCAGACCCAGUGAGGUUGGGCCGUAGCGUUCAGAACUGUCAGACUUAAGCGUAGUCCUGUACAGUUGUAGUUCUUACAAUAAAAUCGAUGGUGAAGACUGACAAUAACAAACAUACAGUGUAGGAAGACAUAGGGGCUUUUAAUAUGAUUAUUAUUGUUAUUCAUAAUAACAAUGAUAAUAAAGUAUAGCAUUAGACAAUAUGGUUCCUUAACUACAAAUUGUUAAGCAAAAACAAAAGAAAAAGUGUUUAACCUGAAUUCUUAGUGUCUGUCUGUCCUACAACAGUAUUUGCUGAGAACUUAAAUAAUGGAAUGUGUGUUUUAAUUUGCUGAUGUUGCCGUAGUGAGGGGCGGCAGGCGUGAGCACGGAGGUGGGUCUGGAGGCAGAGUCUCGGUGUCUGUCUUGGAAAAGCCUAGCCCAUGAAUUUCGAGUGGUCUCUGCCCCGGUUUGCCACCCUUGUAACGCUGUCGUUUUCUGUGACUAAAAUGUGUUCAACUGUGUACGGUUAUCUCCAGAGCUUCCACUUCCUUCUCACGUUCUCCUUUUACGUCUUUCUUUGGCGCAUUAUGUUCAUCUUAUAUUUUUGUGUGGGGUUCUUUGGGAAGUGGGUCGGAACUGAAUUAGUUUGAAGCCGCAUGCAUGAAUAUUGAUUCCGUCUGUAAUUUCACUUCACGAUGUGUGGUUUGGAUCGGCGAGGAAUGUGGAAACAACUGACAGCACAAGGAAGCUGAAUUGUAGAUGGGAAGGACCACGAGGCCUGUGGGAAGGGGGUUGAUGUUGACUUUGGACAAGGAGCUUCUUGAAAGAGUUAAGAAUAAAAUCCACUCUAAAUUCUCCACAGUUGGUGAAGUUACCAGUUUUGGCCUCAGGUGUCAAUGUCUGCCUUCUAACUAGAAGCCUAAAUGAAGUAGAGCUCCUUUUUCAGUAGAGCGUGGAGAUCAUCUGUAUCCCAGCUGCUACCAAGAUUCGAAACCACCUACCUUCUUAAUGCCGUUGGUCCUCCUCCAUUAACCCAAAGGUCUGAUCCUUUCAAAAUCUGUUGUUAAGAGUCAAGACAUGAACUGACAUCCCGGAGGCAUGAUCCAAAUCUGAGAGCCAACGGAAUACGAAAUCUGGAUCCGACCUAGAGCUACGUGUGGCUCUUCGUUGUAGAAAAAGAGACAACUUGUACUACCUGACUCUGGGUGUCAGUUUGUGAGUGUGCACACACAUGUUCCAGUGCCCUUCAGAGCUCUUGUGAGCACAUUCAAAUGUUGAUAACAGAGGAGAGAUAAGAAUAUUGCAUGAGGAGCUGUGAUCAAAUGCAGCAGUUUUCAUGGUAAUGGUUGUGAGCUGGGAAUAGCUAAAAGCUGCUGCUCACAAUAUUGCAGUAGUAAAGUGUGUCCUCCAAAAUUAUUUGCUCAAAUUCCUAGAGAAACAACUUAUCGAAUACCCAGCUUGGAGCAAAUAUCCUCGUCAGUGCCACUGAUGUUCUGCCAAACAUUACCAAGCCAGAGCCCAAACCCAAGUCCUUAGAGACUCCCUCAAGCCAAUACCAGCCCCGAUGCCACUGAUGAUUCCAAAGAGUUGGUGUAACACCAGCCCUAGAGAUGAGCCAUCACUGAUCACUAGUCAGUUAAUUUUCAUGUUACAAUAACAAGUGUGACCUGACUGAUAUGGAACUGCACUUCUGGUCAAAAUGUUGCAGGUUGAAGUUCUCGAAGGUCUCAGCUAUACUACCAGUAAGCUUGGCAAUUGAUGUGAACUGCUUAGGAUAAACAUGAAACUGUAUAAAUACGUAAAUUGUAAAAUUGUAGAGAUAUAAUCUACUCUGGAAAAGCGUCUGCUACGCAAAGACAUAUAAGUAUUAUUAGACAUAAAGCUCACCACUGCCCUGUACUGAAGACACAAUCUAAGGUCCCAAAAGGGGUGCCUUUAGGAAAUACUAGUCUAUUCGCAUGUGUGUGUUUAGCCGACAGAAAUCAUCUUUCGUCCUGAUGUGCAAAUUUACACUUCUUUUUAAAGCCCUGUCUUCUUUACUUAAGUUAAACAGUUUUGAGCACUUAACCCAAUCUAAAUGUGUUCUUGGGGCCUGAGCUGGUGGUGGGGGUGUAAGGAGUGAGCUACGUUGUAAUGUGCAUGUAAAUUAAUGGCUUUAUUAUAGCUGUAGUCGUAACGGUGACCGAUAGCGGAAAUUGUGAUGACGAUGAUUAUGAAUGCAGUGAGGAAGAAUGGUAAGAAGGAGGAAGACUGCACAGAGGCCCCACCGACUGCUGCAGUGGGAUGGGCCAUACAUGUGAAACCCGGGGCCAAUGGUUGGGGCCUGAAGCAGUUUACCAAAUAAUGGAAAUGGGCAGGUAUUAGGAUGCAGUGUUUGGCCGAGCCGUCUGAAUGUAACUGUGUGUCCAGUUUGGGUUUUAUUAUUAUUAUUAUUAUUAUUAUUAUUAUUAUUAUUAUAGAUAAUAAUAAUUUUUUUCUCCUGUUUUCUUUAAUAAGAACGUCUGUUUUUCUCUGUGAUGUGUUUGUUUACUGUCUCUGUCUCCUCACAGGCUAGCCAGUGGUGUGCAAGUUAUUGUGUAACUUUUUGUAGCUUUAGCACUUAAAAGAGGAAGUAAUAUAAUUAACAAAUAACGAUAACAUAAUACAAUCAAAUGGACUUGUGUUGCUAAUUUCUUCUGUGUAAUCUUACAAUGAACAAAAUUUUAAAAAAGAAUAUCUGAAGUACUGCUAAUAAAAGUUGAGAAAGUA